AAUCAGCUGACAUCUAACAUGGCGCUUAUAAGGCCUUUAAACCUUCUCGUGUUCCUGUUGGCCAUCAUUUCCAUCACGAAUGCAAAACCCGCUGAGGAGAACCGUGUGAAUUUGUUCGAGAUUCGACACAAACGAGAUCUGAGUAUGAACGGAAGAGAGGAAGAGGAAGACGAGGAAGGUGACGAUGAUGACGAUGACGAAGAAGAUGACGACGAGGGUGAUGGCAUGAUUAUUAUGGUCAGGCAGGUCGUGGGCGGCCAAGGAGGUUGCAAAGGCAGAAGAGGAUGCCCUUAGGAAUCCCUGGGAAGGAUUCUGGAAGCACUUGUCUGAAACAAAAAGAAAAAAAAUACGUUUCUGCCUGAAGGAUUUGAAACGGUAUAUACAUACGCAUACACAUACACACA